GCGGUGCUGUGGUAGCUGGAUGGGCAUUGCACAAAUGGUUAUUCAGCGAACGACCCGUGAGAUUGUUUUGGGAUAUGGAAAACGCAAGGUGUAUGAUUCCGAAACAUGCGACUUUCGAGAAAUGUGUGGGACAUCUACGUAACAUUGCUUCAUCGUACGGCAUUGAUUUACAUCAACAAUAUAGUAUUAAAAUCAUCUGUGGAGGGUUUGACGGCAAUAGCCGUUGCUCGCAAUAUAAGUGCAUUCAAGCUGCUAAAGUAUGCAAUCCCGAAACGCUAGAAACCUGGAAAGCCGGCAGUACAGUGUCUACUAGAAUCGAAGGUGUCAUGAUUCAGUGUUGCUGGGAUGGAUUACCCUACACAAAGGACAAGGCAGACAACAUCAUUCUGGAGCACCUGAAGGAUGUGUUCAAGUCCAGCGCGUCCGAUACGAAAGUCGUAGUCGUAACAGUUGAUUAUCGGUUGCGUCGGCUAGUUGGCACGGCUCCUAUAAGUCCAUCCGAUCAGAAUGUUGUUCUGCAUCCAACUAAUGAGUCCCAAGACGGAGUUUGGCCGGACGAGUUCUAUCAGCGGUCUUCGUGAAACUUGCAUUAAGACACGUGGAUGCUAAGUUAACAGCAACUGCUAACUGCUCCACUGUAACUCCGGUUGUUGCUUAUUUAUUUAUUUAUCCGAUCAGUUUAUGGUUAGGUAGUUGUUACUAUUCAUUUCGAUUUGAUCGUUUUUAUUUGCUGCUUGAAACAGCCUCGGCUUCGCCUCCGCGUGCCUCCGUUCUUAAAUAAUAUC